UGGUGUGCUCCGCCGAAGGGGCCGGCCCUUGGAGUCAGCUCCUGUGCCUGUGACAGAUGAUAUUUUUAUGCGAGAAAACAAAACCAGGAUAUCUGAUGGACUGUGUUAUCUUUACAGACAGCUUGGAGCUACAGAUGCAAGGCAAGAAGUUUUACGCUUGAACUUCAAAACUGAGCUUUAAGGAUUCAGAUGUUUUGUAUGAGAAUUCAAGCAUUAAUAAUGACUGUGUGAUCAUGGUUUUGGAAAUCAAGGAAUAUAUUUCCUGGCUGCAUAUGCAUAUUUAUGUUUCCUAAGAAACACAAGAAUGAAGUAAUUUUGAACUCUGAUGGAUGAAACCCAUUGGAAUGGAAGCUAACAUCUAUGAAGAAGAACAGGGCUCACCUUAUCUUACAUCUGCCGAGUGCCUGGGAACUCCAAAGGAAGCCAAGUAUGAAGAAUACCAAAGAAAGACAGAAAAUCAGACAACUCCAUAUCAAUUUCAGAAUGUGUUACUGGAACCUGAGCUGAGCUUGCUGUCUGUGUCAUCCUUAUUGGACCACAAUGAGACAUCUUUACAACUUGGCACAGCUGCAGGGCGUGCCAGUGGCACCAACCAGCCCGAGACAAAGCACCUUUGUGAAGAAUUAACCUGUUCUACAAGGCACAUGUCACAGGAAGAUCCUUUAAACCUUCCCAUGCACACAGAAUGGCCAAUCCCCACAGGAAAAAAUUCAGACAAGAAGCCAGAAGCAAAUUAUGAGAUCAGAGUCAUAAAACACAAACCAUGUGCUAUCACAUUUUCUGAUUUUGAAUUUUUAUCACACAAAGCUGACACUAAGCUCCACAUUUGCGAGGCAGAAGAAGCAGGUGAUUUGUCUUAUAAAGAGGAAGAAACAGAUAACAGAGGUGACGAGGAUACAUUUACAGAACUGCCACUGUAUGAGGCAUUUUUCAAAGGUCUUCAGAGAAGGAAUGUUCCUCAAAGAAAGCAAGCUAAACAUGAACUUACUAAAUAUCAGCACAUCUGUCAUUUAGAAGACUGCAGUAAUCAUUCUGAAAAGGCAUUGAAGGACCAUGAUAAGGAAGAAAAGCACUUGGAUCGGGAGUGCCCUGUUCAAGUAGAGACAGGCCUUUAUGGAGAUCAUCAAGAAAAAGGAUCUUGGAAAAAUAGAAGAGGAGACUACCAGGAUCUAAAUUGUUUACCUUACCAAGUGUCAACUGGAGCACGACCUAAAACUGAUAUGCUGUUUCAGAAGCUGUGCAAGGAAAAAGCAGAAAUCGAAGCAAAGGAAGCGUGUGACUGGUUACGUGCAGCUGGAUUUCCCCAAUAUGCUCAGUUCUAUGAGGACUCACAGUUUCCCAUUGACAUUGCUGCAGUAAAGAAAGAUCAUGAUUUUCUUGACAAGGACCUUGUAGAACCUCUUUGCAGACGACUGAACACACUGAACAAGUGCGCCUCAAUGAAACUCGAUGUGAACUUCCAAAGAAAAAAGAGUGAAGAUUCAGAUGAAGAAGACCUGUGUGCUAUCAGUAAUAAAUGGACUUUCCAAAGAACCAGCAGACGAUGGUCUCGGGUGGACGACAUUGACGCUUUGCUUCACCGAACUGACAGACAUGGCUCUUCUGGGGACAUUAAAAUGAAAAACACGACAAGCAGUGAGAGCGUCCUUACAGAUCUGAGCGAACCUGAGGUCUCAUCGAUUCACAGCGAGAGUAGUGGGGGCAGUGACAACAGGAGUCAAUCUGGCACCACCAGCACUGCCAGGAAGACCUGUGACUGCCCUGCCCAUCAUGAUGUGGAAAGCACGCUGCUGCAGGACUCCACUGCAAUAAACACCGCCCUGUCCCCCAAGGACGGCCUGAAGAAUGAAAAUCCAACACGAGCCAGAGCAAAAACCUUUCUAAAACGCAUGGAGACACUAAAAGCAAAAGCUGUGCAUGGAAAACUAAAGGGCUCAGGAAGAGCAGGUCCUUUAGAGAUCAGUGGACCGGUUCUUCAGUUUGAGCCAAAGUCCUUGAAAGACAUGCACUGUGUACAGAUAGUCAAUGGCGAUCUCCAAAAUUUGGGGCAAGAUUCAGUCAAAAAAGGGCUUCCCUUUUCUGCCAAAUCCAGCAGUGACAGCAGUCAGUCUGAAAACAGCAGCAGUGGGGUGAGCACGCCAUGUUUGAAGGAACGCAAAUGCCAUGAAGCAAACAAGAGAGGUGGGAUGUACCUGGAGGACCUGGAUGUUCUGGCAGGAACGGCCUUACGGCAAGUGGUGGACCAAAACCGCAAAAAUGAAUUCCAUUCCCAAGAGAACUUGGUUGUGCACAUUCCCAAGGAUCACAAACCAGGGACCUUCCCAAAGGCACUUUCUAUCGAAAGCCUCUCACCUACAGACAACAGUGGCAGUGUAAACUGGAGGACAGGCAGCAUCUCUUUGGGAAAGCAGAACUGCUCUACACCAAAGGAAUCCGGACUGAUGGCUUGCUGUCCUAAAGAGAGCAGAAUUAGCAUUUAUGACAAUGUGCCGGGUUCCCACUUGUAUGCUAGUACUGGGGACCUCCUGGACAUAGAGAAAGAUGUCCUUUUUCCUCAGUUAGAUGACAUUUUGCAACACGUCAAUGGGCUGCAGGAGGUGGUGGAUGGCUGGUCAAAGAAGGUGUUGCCAGGUCUGCCGGCUGGUGAUGUGUCAGUCAGGGAAUCCCCAUCAUUGCCUUUCCAGUCGCCUACUCAGAUCACUCUCGACUUUGAAGGAAAUUCUGUGUCUGAUGGCCGGACCACCCCGAGUGACAUGGACAGAGAUGGAACAUCCCUGAAUGAAUCCGAAGCCACUGGUGUUAGGGACAGGAGAGACUCUGGGGUGGGAGCAUCACUCACAAGGCCAAGCAGGCAAUUACGAUGGCAUAGUUUCCAAAUCUCUCAUCGCCUGAGCCGCUCCAUUGCAUCGCUUCACAUCAGCAAUCAGUCAGCAGCCCAGCUGAACCUACUGCAAAAAUUCUCUCUGCUUCGUCUCACUGCCAUCAUGGAAAAAUACUCCAUGUCCAACAAACAUGGCUGGACCUGGUCUGUGCCAAAGUUCAUGAAGAGGAUGAAAGUCCCCGACUACAAGGACAAGAAUGUCUUUGGUGUGCCCCUGAUAGUUCAUGUCCAGAGAACGGGGCAGCCUCUUCCCCAGAGCAUACAACAAGCCCUGCGCUACCUACGGAGCAACUGUCUAGACCAGGUGGGUCUGUUUCGGAAAUCUGGAGUGAAAUCCCGAAUCCAGGCCCUGCGCCAGAUGAACGAGAGCUCCCCAGAAAACGUCAGCUAUGAAGACCAGUCAGCAUAUGAUGUGGCUGACAUGGUCAAGCAAUUCUUCAGGGACUUGCCAGAACCUCUCCUCACAAGUAAACUGGGAGAGACUUUUCUGCACAUCUAUCAAUAUGUCCCCAAGGAGCAGCGGCUGCAGGCGGUGCAGGCGGCCAUCAUGCUCAUGGCCGACGAGAACAGGGAGGUUCUGCAGACCCUGCUCUGCUUCCUCAGCGACGUCACCUCCGUGGAGGAAAACCAGAUGACUCCCAUGAACAUCGCUGUUUGUCUGGCCCCUUCCCUCUUCCAUCUCAAUAUAGUGAAGAAAGAAAGCUCACCAAGAGUAAUACAGAAAAAAUAUGCAACAGGGAAGCCAGAUCAGAAGGACCUCAGUGAAAACCUGGCAGCUACUCAGGGACUUGCUCACAUGAUAAUGGAAUGCAACAAACUUUUUGAGGUCCCACACGAGAUGAUCACCCAAUCCCGAAACUCCUACGUUGAUGCAGAAGUGCAUUCUCCUACCCUGGACGAGCUUGGGAAACAAGUGGAUGAGGAAGGAGGGAACUAUCAGACGUACCUGGAAACUCUCAUGCAGAAUCUCCAGAAAGAAGCAAAAGAGAAAUUCAAAGGAUGGGUCACAUGUUCCAGUGUAGAGAACACAGAACUCGCCUACAAAAAGGUUGGAGAUGGGAACCCACUAAGGCUUUGGAAAGCCUCAGUUGAAGUUGAAGCUCCCCCAUCAGUUGUCCUGAACCGAGUGCUGAGAGAACGCCACCUCUGGGACGAGGACUUCUUGCAGUGGAAGGUGGUGGAGAGCCUGGACAAGCAGACAGAAGUUUACCAGUAUGUGUUGAACAGCAUGGCUCCACACCCCGUCCGAGACUUUGUCGUUCUCAGGACAUGGAGGACGGAUUUGCCCAAGGGGAUGUGCAUGCUGGUUGCCAUCUCCGUGGAGCACGAAGAGGCUCCUCUCAUGGGAGCUGUGCGAGCCAUCGUAAUGGACUCCCAGUACCUGAUAGAGCCCUGCGGCUCAGGAAAAGCCAGGCUGACCCACAUCUGCAGGAUUGACCUAAAAGGACAUUCCCCAGAGUGGUACAACAAAGGUUUUGGACAUCUGUGUGCAGCAGAAGUUGCCAGGAUCAGAAACUCAUUUCAACCUCUGAUUGCUGAGGGACCAGAAACAAAAAUCUGAGGAAGUGUUCCUGGGAGCACGUGAGCGUAAAUCAGGGUCUGGCAGGGAACAGGAAUACUGAAAGCAAAGGUCUUAUUUAAACUGCAGAAAUCUGACCAGCCCUGGGUCUAUACAAAGCUGAAAAAGGAAUUUUAUAGGAAAGUUCUUUUAUUCUGGAGAAUUCAACUUCCCCCCUCCCCCCCAUCCACUCUGUAUUAAUUUUGAUUAUUGAACUAAACAUUUCUUCAGAGAGCUUUUAUUACUUUAAAAACAGAUUAUUGCCAUUGCUUGUAUGUUACAUAACUCUGGUAUUUAAAGGCUUCUAAGAAGCAUAUUUUAAUUGUAAAUAAAUAAUGUACAGUAUGUAUAUAUUUAUCUAUAUUCUAUCUAUAUAUAUGUAUAUGUAUAAAUUAAUUAUUUUGUAUAUAACUCAGUGCAAAUCACUUGCAUCAGUUGGACCUUAAGUGGAUCUGUCACUUGUUUCUUAGUGUGUCACUCCUACAUAAGCUGUGUGUGCUGUUAUCACAGGGCUACCAGGCAUAAUUCGUGUGAUAACAAACACCUGUUCUCAAAUAUGUUUUGUGUUUGUGUGUGCUAUGAGAAGGUACCUAGAAAUAGAUGUAGGAAGAAUUACAGGAACUAAGGAAGAAGGAGGUUACAGUGCAUUUAAAAAUAAUGAGGAAGGACUCAGUCUCACCAAAUAAAAUACAUGGAGAUGCAUCUGAGACAGACGCUGUGGAGGCCAUUUAUGUUCAGCUGCAGAACUGUGACUUUUAGUAGAAAGUGUUGAACACUUACCUGUUGCCUUAAUGACUGGUGUCUGUCAGUAGAGAACCUCACUGUGUGCAGUGCUCCAGGUAACUGCUCAUCCUCAGACAGCCCGAGGUAAUGCUGUGUGUCCUGAGAUGGUUGAACCCAGACUGGUAACUUAUUAAGCUGUAAAUUAAUUCUUUUUUGUAAGCAUUUUGUCUAGGUUCUGAGUGUUUCUGUGUUCUUUCCUUCCCCCGUAGAGAUGGCUAAUCCAAAGCAGGUUUUCCACAUCCAGUGGACACAAAGACGUGCAGAUGAACACCAUGCCUUUUAAUACUCUUACUAUACAAAUAACUAUGCUUUUUUAAAAUUUUAAACACAUCCUGGAGAUUUAAAAGACUAAAUAAAUGCUAUUCUUGGAAAGAUUGCUUUUAUAGUAACAGCAAGUAUUUUCAUCUUAUAUUGCACUGAUCUGCAUGAUCCCACCUCUCUAGGCAUUGGUGGGAGCAGGAUUAGGACUAUGAGGAGUAGGAGCCAUUUAAGCCUAUUAUAUAAUUUCAUUUUCAGGGACCUAUUAUUUUGCUAAUGGAAGAAUGCUUUAAAAGUAAUAAUAAUAAUUUGUCGACAUUGCCUUUGAGGCAGGGUUCUAUUUUGUUUUUAACUAACCUACAACCAAAAUGUUAUUACAUCUAUGACUCAGUAAGAAUGUACAGGCCUGUUAAUACUGUUCAUUAAUCGCAUUUGUUCACUUAGACUUUAUUUAUUGCUGCAUAAACCAGCGGAGUCACUCACAGCCAGGGUUUCAGCUCAGUCCUACCAACAAAAUCCAGAAAGAUUAGUAUGAGGUCGAUUAGGCAGGAUGCAUUUCCUAUGUAAAGCUACAGCUUUGUGCCCUGACUCAGUGAAUGAGGAAGUCUCUCCAAGGCCAAAGCUCUGAACAUUCCCCAGGUGUGGGACUGUGUUUGCUGACAGCUGCUAGAGCAUGACCCCACGUGCCAUCCUGCACACACGUGGGGGCUGUGCUGGCAGGGGACAGCCCUGUGAGCUGAGGAAGCAGACCUGUGGGAGUUCAGGGUGGACAGGGUAACCCAAGGUGACCCACAGUGCAUUUCCUUGUGAAGGAGCAGGAUUCAAAAAAGUCACUGUCCUCUUCCCCAUGAGCUGUGUCACUCAUGUUUUUUUGUGCAAGACCCAGGAUCAGGGAUGUUGGCUGCCUGGGAGCUCCUGCCUCGAGUUCAUGGCCAACAAUAGUUGCAGUGUGCAGCUGUCACGAGCUUUAAGUCUGCAGACAGGGGAGCACUCACAGGGCCCUUACAUGGCCGUAGUGGGGUCUGGCAGUCACAGGCUGGCUGCAGGGCACCACCACUGCCCAGGCUCAGCCUUCCCAGGAGCAAACAGUGCCUCCCUAGCUGGGAAUGCCAUUCCAGGAAGCACCACCUCCUCCCAGAUGCCUGUGGCCAUGGCAGCAGAUUUCAUGCCGGCUGUUUUCCAAAACAUGAGCAAUUAGAGUACUUCUGCUACAUUAGUUUACAUAAAUAAAUAUAACAGUGCCACAGCAUUAACAGGCACAGAAUUUCUAGCCCUGGGAAUGGCAGUGUCUGGCAAUAAAUAAUGUCUUAAGGAAAAGAAGGGAAAACCUGGGCAGUUUUAUCCUGUCUCACAAGUCAUUGCUCAGCUAGAAGAGGCCCUGUGCCACCUGCCACCCUUAGCAAAGUAGGGUUGUUGUCCUGCCCUUGCAGAAGCUCUGUCAUGAGCUUCUGGCAUCUCCAAGCCAUUUAUUGUUGAAAUAAGAUUUCUUCAAAAUGCACAUUAUGCCAUGUCUACCAUUCAGUUACCACAGUAUUUUGUAUUGUUACAUUGAUACAUUAUGAUAAUUGCAUUUUUAAAUGUUAUACUCAUAUCAAUACCUCAUAUUUUUACCUCAUCUGUUGGUAUCAGUCAUUAGUUGUAAAUAAGUAAUUUCAGAGUUGAAUAAAUUUGCAUACACUAAA